UAAAGUGAAAACAAUCCUUCACUUUCCUUCAUUUCAUGCUUCAGCGAGUCUGUGAGGCUUCAAGCGUUAAAUAAAAGACGUCUGUGUUUGUAACAGUGUUCAUUAUAAUAACUCAUAUAGGUUUUAUUUGUUUCAUAAGCAUAUCUGUUCAUAUUUCAGUGUAAAUCUCUGCCUAAAGGCAGAGUCCGGGCUGAUUUAGAGAUUUGGAGCAUUAGAAAACUCCAGCUAUGAGGCCAAAAACAAAAUAACUCUUCAACUCUUUUACACAUGAUCAUUAUUUUGCUCGUAACAGUUUAUUUAUGCUUGUAGACUUGUGUCUUGCCAAGCUGUGUUAGGUUUUUUCACGAUCAUAAAGACUUUAUCAGUUCAUUAUUAAUAAUUAAAAAAAAGUCUUGUAAAAAAUGCAAACUUAAAAGUAAUGCUACUUUUCCAUUUAAUAAGUUGUUAUUAAUGUUUAAUAAUUCUACAAGCAUGUCCUAAUAGCACACGUACAACACAGAGAUCUAUUGAUGACUGAUCUAUUUCCUCAGCUUUAUGUUUAAUAAAAGCAGCAGCCUCUUCUGUUGAUCUCUGCAGUGCGCAGUGGUUUAUACUGAUUAAACUGAUCACUGAUCUGAGAAACUUAUUAUAUACUUAAAACAAUUAAACCCCAGAAAAUGAAAAACAUCACUGUGUGCUGAAAAAAACUUAUUAAAUAUAUGUUUAGAGUUGUAACAUUAAAUAAAUAGACAAAUAACAUGACAGGCAGAAAUUAAUUAUGACAGAUUUUUUUACGAACAUACCCACUGUUUGUCCAGUGCAGCCUGAUAAAACUGAUUCACGUGUCAAGUGAGACACAGAUAAUGUGACAGCUGAAAAUGCAAAGCUAGACUCACCUGAAACAGUACCAAAUGUUCAUAAUUGUUUAUAAUUAGCUUAUGUAGAUUAAAUCACAACUUUUAAAUCAAAAAUAAAGUCUGCGUGGUGAUAAAUGUAAUUAAUAAUCUCAUUUGUAAGAACUACACCUCCAAAUCACCCGUAAUUCCCCUCAAUGCAUCAUCAAGCCUAGUGUUGUUUACCUCUAACCAGUUCUGUAACAAAGCAAAAGUGAAAGCAGCUAAACUGAAAGUGACUCUUCUCUUCGGGUUUGUCCAAUCUAAUCUCCUCUCAACUACAGUAUUUGUUGAUUUAAUCUGCUCUUUUUGUUUUGUGUAAAGCAUUAAGUUUAUCCAGUAAACCGUGUGUGUUUGGAGGAUUCUCUAUCAUUAAAGAUGGCGGAGGGAGCUUCACCACUUACAGUUGAUGCAGUGAUGCGGAUUGUCCUGAUGGGCAGGAAAGGUUCUGGGAGAAGCUCAUCUGGAAACAGCAUACUGGGAGAAAACAGGUUUACAGAGCAGGAGUGUGAGCUUAGUGAGGGUCAAACACAGAUCGGGCACAGACGGGUUCAUGUGCUGGACUGCCCAGAUGUGCUGGAUCCAGAUGUGGAUAAAGAGAAACUGCAGGAGCAGCUGCUGUCUGCAUGUUCAGCAGGUCUUAGUUCAGUUCUGCUGGUCGUGCCUUUAGUGAAGAAGCUGGAAAAUGAACAGGAGAUGCUGGAGUUUAUUAAAGAUCUGUUUGGUCCUGAAGUUUUGAAGUGCAUCAUGAUCCUGGUUACUCAUGAAGAUGAGGAUGAGGCCAGAGUUUCUCAACUUCUACAACAAAAAGUCAACGUGGAUCUUCAGCAGCUGCUGACUGAAUGUGGAACAAAAUAUCACUGUAUAAAUAACAAGAGAAGAUCAGAGGAGCAGAGAAUACAUCUGCUGCAGAAGAUUGAGGGAUUGAUGAAGGAGAACAGAGGAAAAUUGGUCAAGAGGAGGAGAGGCAGCAUGGGCAGCUUUGUCAACUUUUCAGGAUUGUAGUCUCCGGCUGCAGAUCCAGACUCAUCCUGAGAGGAAUAACAGAUCAGAUCCGGUUCUGCUGGGAGAAAACUCUGUCUUUUCAGAAAUGUGGUUGAUAUCCUCCUUCAGCUCAAACUCUGUGGUCAACAUGUGCUGAAACUAUUCUUUAAAAUGUGUUAAACAAUCCCCAAUGAAGCUCAUCAAAUGUCAGCUGAAGUAGUUUUCUGAACAGUGAGAAACACAAACUAUCAUGACAAACUGAGUGAUGACGGCCAGACAUUAUCAGCAGCAGAACUCUGAUGUUUGCUAAAUGGAGGAUGGGUUUUAACAUGAUGAGGGAUAUUGAUAAACGGCCUUGUUUAUUGUUGUAUGUGUUUGCUAUAGUCACUACAGCAGUGUCUGAUGAUGCUGGUGCUGGAAUAAUCCACUGUAGAGCAGUGUUAUAAAGGUGACUAGUGAAAGAAAUGUGUGCGUGUGUGUACGUGUGCGUGUGCGUGUGCGUGUGUGUGUGUGUGUGUGUGUGUGUGUUAAACCACUAAACUAUCUUCACAGCAUGUAUAUAUCACUGCUUUCUGCUGAGCUGAACUGUAGAUUACAGUAAUCGUCUGUAUUGUGUGAAUGCAGUUUUCAAUAUUUCAUGGUUUCAGGUGUUUUGUGUAUUCUGUGGCUCAAAUUAACUCACUGUAUCAUUAAUUCAUUAAUUUUUAUAUUGAAAUUAAGGCAUCAUCCAAUGUUUUUUAUAUGUUUUGUAUUACAGGUUUGUUAUU